AUGAUUGUAGUGAAGACGUGUCUAGACACUUCGUCCAUCUUUAUCCAGCUCUAUCAUCUCAGCUCUUGUCAGGUUGCCGCUUCCCUAUCUCAGCUCUACCAUCAGGAUGAAAAAGCACAAAUAUUUGAGUCUUUCCUUUGGGUGUAUUUCCUCUGGAAUAUUGAAGGUUUGAGCUGGGAUCCUGUUGAAUGUGGAACGGACAGAAUCUCACUGCCUAGAGAAAGUCUGUGGAUGCCUGAUAUUGUCAUUAAUGAAUUUAUGGAUGAAAACAGAGCCCCAGACACAUAUUACCUCUACGUCACUAAUACUGGUAUAGCAAUGGAUGAUCAUCAAAUUCACGUCAUCAGUUCCUGUAACCUGGACAUCUACACUUUCCCAUUUGAUAUUCAGAAUUGUACAUUCACUUUUAACUCCUACAAACUCUAUGUGGAAGAUAUUCAGAUGUUCUUUGCUGUGCCAGUGGACGUCACACUCAGAAAUUCUCUAGAUGUGAUGACGACUAAAGGGGAAUGGGAACUAAUAAAUAUGCUUUGUGAAAAGAGUGUGCUCCCAAUUGAGAACAUGAAUACUUCAUAUGAUUUGCUCAUAUACCAUAUCAUUCUCAGGCGCAGACCCACUAUGUACAUCGUGAACCUCUUGAUUCCCAGCUGCUUCCUUAUAGCUGUGGAUCUGUUCAGUUUUCUUCUGCCGCCUCAGAACAUGGAUCGAUCGGCCUUUAAAAUGACGCUCAUAUUUGGUUACACCGUAUUCCUGCUGUUAAUGAAUGACCUGCUGCCCGCCACAGGAAACAACUUGCCUCUUAUAAAUGCCUUUUUCUCUCUCUGCUUGGCGCUGAUGGUGGCGAGCCUACUAGAGACUAUUCUCAUCACUAAUAUUUUGUAUGGUUCCAGUCGAUACCCACCGUUACCUCAGUGGGUCAAAGUGCUUUUCCUCGACAACAUCGCCAGACUUGUUUGUUUGAGCAAAAGUGAUCAAAACUGUGAUGUGGAAGAAUACAGGAUUAAGACCGGUCUAUGCAAUCCUGCUAAAAUCUUAGAAAGUGAAGCCAUCCAUAAAAUUCCACCCACUCUUCAGGAACUAAAGAAGAUAAGGCGAGAUUUACAGUCCAUCGUUCAGCAGGUCGAGAAACAUUGUAGUAGUGAUCAGAGUGAAGAAGAAUGGGUGCAUUUGGGUCAUGUCAUCGACCGCUUGCUCUUCAUUCUGUAUGUUGUCUUUCUCUCAGUUAGUUUCAUCACAAUAUUUGUCUGCUGGUUCUACUGGUACAAUGUUACUGCAUCUUUGGUAUAA